AUGAUGUCAAAGGACUUGGAGUGGGGCGCCGAGGCGGGGGCGAGCCAGCCCGGGUCGUCGCGGUGGGCGCCGAGCAGGUCCGCGCGCGCGCAGAGCUCGUCGCAGCAGUGGCAUCGUCCCGUGUACGGAGCCACAGCGGAGAAGGACGACGACGACAGCUACGACGGCUACCCCGCCGCGCCGUCGCAUCACUCCUUGGGCGUGGACGAGCAAGGCCGGCCCGUGUACAAGGAGAGCACGCUGGCGUGGUUCUUCCGCGCGUCCGAGCCCAUCGUCUUCUGGGCGGCGUGCACGCUCAUCGCCGCCUUCUCUUGCAUCAGCAUCGUGCGCAUCACCCGCUCGCCGCACUUCCCCGCGUCGCUGCCGGAGGGCCGCGACGGCCGGAGCAUCCAGGUGGGAUACAUCGCCAACUCCACCGAGGCGGUGAACGCGUUCAAGGGAUGCCGGCAGGGCGCGGGCGGGGACGUCCUUCGCAGCGACAUGGGCCGCGACAGGUUCCCCGACUUCAUCGUCGCCGGAUCUCGAGGCGCGCCCACGAUGGAGCUCCACACUUUGCUCGACGAGAAGAGCGUCGCGUGCGCCGCCGCCUCGCCGUUCGACGACUUCUUCUCCGAUCCCAAGUGGCGAACGCCGGGCGCCAUCCCGCUCAAGGACCAGCGCGCGUACGUCAAGGACAACUACGCCAGGUGCACCCGCGAGGACAAGUACCUGGGAGCGCCGCGGUUCCAAACCAACGAGGACCUUUUAUACUCCGGGUGGGCGCCGAGGCGGAUGUGCGAGACGAUGGGACCCGACGAGACCCGCGCGCUCUUGCUGCUGGGUAACCCCGUGGAGAACGCGCUGACGGUGUUCGCGGGGACGCUGGAGAACACGCCGGAGCGGGAGUUUAACGGGUGGAUCAGGCGAAGCGAAGCGGCGCUGGCGGAGGAAGCCGCCGAGAAGGCUUCAAAGUCUCAUUCGAAGGCUCCUUCGAAGGCUGGUUUCUCGAAGACUUCUAAGGAGCCUUCGAAGGCUGCCCCGUCGGCAUCAGCGGCGGCGGACGGGGCGAAGGACGCCGAGGGCGGCGGCGACGCCUCAAAGCUCGGAGGCGAUCCGGACGCGUCAUCCGGAGAGACGACGGCGUCGAAGGCGAAGGAGGAGCCCAAGGAGGAGCCCAAGGAGGAGGAGGAAGCCGCGUGGAUCACGUACGACGCCGAAGGUUUCCGGAAGGUUCUAGACGUCGACCUCGCCAUCGCGGAGGUGUGCGGCAGCGACUUCAUGCUCCCGGAGGACCACCCCGAGUUUAAGCGCAACGCCGAGUGCUGCGCCAAGGUUGCGCUCGAGCAGGGAUACGAGCGGUGGCCCGGCUGCGGCGCCGAGCGAGGCUGCGCCACCGUCAAACACUCCGGGUCCUCAGACGUCUCCCCCGGGACUUCGUCUGGAACGUCUUCAGCGUCUGGAACGUCCACGUCAUCGACACUCGGCGGCGCCACGAGGCGUAAGCGGAUUGGCCGGCCGUCCUCGGUGUACGAGUCGGACGCGUGCGCUCGAAAGGGCGAACUCGCGUUUUCCCCCGUUCGCGCCGGGGUGUACGUGAACCAGCUCAAACGCUUCUACGAGUACGUCCCCCCGCAGAACGUGCUGGUGGUGACCGCGGACCAGGCGUUUUCGUCCGGGAUGGCGACGCUCGCGGUGGUGCUCAUCGAGUGGCGCAUGCUCGGUUUACCCCUCGUCGACCCCGUGAGCGUGACGAGCGACUUGAUGCUGGCCACCGCCGCGGCGAGCACGGGCGCGGGUUUGUCGGGGCUGGAAAAUUCCGGUCUGGAGCAUCGAGGACGGCGCAUCGAGGACGGCGACGAGGCGGGGCUGUCGCUGCCGCGUCCGGACGUGGUGCACCAGAGCGCCCUUCGCACCUACCCGCACUGGCGCGGCGGCGGCAACGGCGGCGUAGGGGAUUCCGAUCGGAAAACCUUCGCCGCUCCUCGAAUCCGCUCGUAUCCGUAUCCCAACCCCGGCGGUUUGACGCCGCUGACGCGGGCGGCGUCGGUGGACGUCGCGUCCACCACGGCCAGGCGGACGUGGAGGGACGCGCUUCGCUUCGUGGAGCACAUCGGCGCGAGGGGUUUUCACUCGUGGGGUUGGACCGGCGGCGUCAGCCACGCGACGCGCAAGGCGAGCGAGCUCAUCGGCAGGGCUCGGCGGGGCGCGGAGUUAGUUGACGCGUCGAAGGUGAGCGUCGCCAGGCGUCUGCUCGGCGGCGACGCGGCCGGUGCCCUGGGUAAGCCGCACCUGCACGGGGGGGAGGGUGCCGAUGCGGGUGCCGAUGCGGGUGCCGACGCGGGUGCCGCCGCGGGUGUCGGCGACGUCGACGACGCCUUCUUCGAGGACUUUUCCUUCUCCCCGGGUCUGCGAUACUUCGCCGAGCUCCCGCGAGGUUUCGCGGUGGACACCGCCAUCGACCCGCCCACGCGCCAGAAGCUCCACAGGUUCUACGACCCGCACGUCGCCGCCCUGAACGCGCUCAUCGGCAACGGGGAGAUUCGGUGGUGGGACGAAGACGGCCGGGACGUCGCCGCGCUGCAAGAGGAGACGCUGCUCGGCGGCAUCCGAGAGUACGAGACGGAGCAGGACGAGCGGGCGUCGAGUACGGUCGCGGGCGGCGCCGUCGACGAGGCGAACUUCGCCGAGGAGUGA